GUUGCAGGGCGUUUGCUGCGAACGAAAGUGUUGGCAGAAAGUUCUAAGUUGCUAACAAAAAUACACACAGACACUACAUACAUACAUGCAAAUACAUACAUAUAUGUAUGUAUGUAUGUAUGUAUUUACAAAUAUUUCACUUGGUGCACAAGGCUCAAUAAACUAUUGGUAAAUAAUUAAUUAAAUAAAAAGUGUUGAAAGGUGAAAUUAAAAGUUCUCAUUUGCAACAAAAAAAAAAGCAUCCACCAUAGAGCGGCGUCUGCGCAGUACAAUUAUUGGUAGAGUUGCUGCCACACCAAUACUAGCACAUAUUAACUUAACGGUUGCAACACCCACAAGUGUACUACAAAAGUUAACGGAACUCAUACCAAAAACGUUAAUAGAGCGCCACGGCGAGAGAGCGACACGCCGAGCGAAGUAGUUGAGAGAGCGCUGCCAAACUAUUGUUGCCAAUGCGCAAUACACAGAGCCAAAUGCAGUUCAAUGUAUAAAUGCACAUCUGUAUGUAUGCACAUAUAUGUGUGCGUGUAAAGGAGAGUAAAUUUACGUUGUGUGCAAAUAACAGUUAGAUAAAGUGUAUACACAAAGAACGUUGCAAUUGUGUAAUUGGUAAGAAAAGUGUUAAAAUCGUUGCUAUCGGAAGUAAAAACUGCAUUUAAGCGCACACCAGCGUGAUCUAACGGUAUUUAAGUAGUUGUAUUGAAGUUUUCAAGUCAAUCUUUGGCAAUAAAUAAAGUUAAAAAACAGCAAAAUAGCGGCCAUUGAGGCUGAGCCGACACCAAAUGUGGGUGAGAUGGCAUUCUCACGCCACAACAUCGAAAAGAGGCGCCUCAUCGAGUUGGUGCGCGUGAAUCCCAUACUCUGGGACUGUCGCCUGCCGCACUACAAGCGGUCGGAUAAGAAGAAGGCGCUGAAAUGGAAUGAGCUUGGGCGCGUAUUCGGCGUAAGCGGGGAGCGAGUGCAGCGCACGUUCACUUCACUUCGUGAGAUAUUUCGGCGCGAGUUGAAUCACGAGAAGAUGUUGGGUGUACGUUUCAAGUCCAAGUGGGAGUAUUACGAUGCGAUGGCUUUUCUUAAGGAAGUCAUAAGGGAGCGCAAAUCACGCGAACGUAAUAAAACAGCUGCCGAUGUUAAUACUCAACAACAACAACAACUGCAACAAGCACAGCAUAGCAAUAACAAUAGCAGCGCCAUCGAUGAGUAUCAAUAUUUCGCGCCGAACGAUCCGAAUAAUCCCAACAAUCAACAGUACGCGCGUGAAAGCGAACAAAAACAGCAACAACAACAACAACAGCAACAUCCACCACCGCCAUACCAGCCGUUGCAGCAACAACAGCAGCAGGAGCAGCCGCCGAUCGGCUUGUGCUUGCCACAAAUGCAACAACUGACGCUCACGGCAAGUGCACCAACAGCCCUGCCACAUACGCAACACAGUCCACAUAUUCCAACGUUAAUUGGCGCUCAACAGCAGCAACAGCAGCAGCCGCAGCAACAACAACAGCCUCCAGAUGUGAUACUCAACUUAAACGCCAAUGCGUUGUCCACAUUACAAAACCUCGGUAAUGGCAAUCCUAUGCUAGCCGAUGAUACCAGACUCUCCUCACAACAGCAACAGCAGCGCCAAACGCCCUUACAACCAGCGCAGCUGAAGUUAAAGCUACAACAGCAACAACAACAACAUCAACCAUCACAACUACCUGCACCACCUGACACUCAUGCUUUGGUAGCCAUUUCGAGUUCACACUCAUCCGCUUCGAGCUCACCGUCGAUUUACAUUAAAGAUGAACCCGAUUCACCGGAUACACUUUCGCUCACUACGGUGACCAUUAAUGAGCACAAUUCAUCUUAUUCACCGCGUCGCAACGCAUCACCCACAAUGGCAGCAGUCAAGUACAAGCACAAUUCAAAUUUAAAUUCACUUCCAAAACCGAUUGCCAUGCAUCUCAGCAAUACUAACAACAACAACAACAGCAAUGGUGUUUUUAAAAGUCAAACUAAAACCCAUUUGCCACCUUCGUCAGCAAGUCUGGUCAUUGAUGAAGAUUUUGCUGAGCCCGAUCUGGAAUUAGAUGAUCUCGACGAUCCGGAUGUUGAUAUGUUGGAUGAUGGGCGGCUCUCGGCCGCAAGCACAUAUACAAUGGGCAUGUUGACAAAGCCAAGUCAGCCUUCGGCUCGUGAAAUACUCUACACCAAGUUCGGCGAUUUUUUGGCUGCGCGCCUAAAUACGCUGAAUGAGACGGUUGCCAAUGAUUUGAUGAAUCGGAUUUUGUUAUUGAUUGCAGAGAAGUGAAGAGACUUCAAAUUGCCAUAUUCUGCUAAGCGGAUUUUUUUUUACAGACUUUUUAAGUGUUCCAUAUUAGAAUGACAAUUUUAGUGAAGUAAAAUAAUUUUUUUUUAUGUCUAAGUGUGUAAGUGUUUUUCUCAUGUAAAUAUGUAUUUUAGAAGAUCAUUCAUCAUUUAUCUAUAUGCAUUUUAAUAAGAUUUAAUCUGUGGAAGUCUGAAUAUAAACUUAUUUGCAAUAUCAGCGGGAAAUUUUCCA